AUGGGCGGACCCGAACAAAAUCAGCAUGCGCCGAAGAUGUUUAAGUGUCACGGGCUGGGAUAUAAACAAUUCUGGUAUUUUAGUGGAAAUGGUCAAAUUUAUCAGGAUGACUGGCACAUCUGCGUCUCCAAUGGGCAAAUUGUCACCAGAAAUGCAUGCAUACCAGAUGGUGCCAUAUGGAAAUACAGAGAGGAUAAGACGAUACUUCACAUUCCCACCAACCAAUGCCUCACUGCAAGUGUGACACGUGGCGUCCUUUCACUUGCUAACUGUUCAGACAGUAACUACCAAAAAUGGGAGAUUCAGCCACGGAGGACCGACGUGAAGUUUCCAAGUGUAGAGAACAUCAUAGUUAAUUAA